UGCUGCGUACGCCUCUGCAGAGCAAUGCUGUGAAUGCCAGCUCCUCCAGCGGUACUGUACUGUAGAUGGCCUGCUGCAGCUCCAGCUACAACUCGUGGAGGAAAGAAUGACACCACUACCCUUCAUCAAGACAACCUGAGCGUAAGGGCGGAUCUGAUUCAUUUCUGUCUCUAAAAUACCUUAACGAUGGCGCUUAUCGUUGCACUUUUACGAACACGGUUGAUCGUGGCUGUUUUUACAUUCAUUACACUAUGGGGAUUUGCGCUUUCCAUCACUCGGUACUCUAUUCCAGAGGAGAUGGAAGAGGGCUCCUUUGUUGCCAAUCUGGCCACAGAUUUGGGUCUAGAUGUUCGCAGUUUGGUGCAGCGCAGAGCGAAGCUCGAUGUCAUCCACAGCAAAAAUUAUCUUGACAUCAACAAAGAGACAGGGGAGCUGCUAAUCCGCCAGAAGAUAGACCGGGAAAGCAUAUGCAUGACUAAAACAACCUCGUGUUUUCUGAAAAUGGAUGUCAUACUCGAAAACCCCAUUCGCAUUUUUAACAUCGAACUAGAAAUCAUGGACAUCAACGACAACGCGCCUUUGUUUCGCAGAAGGACAAUGCACUUGGACAUUUCGGAGGCAACCCCUCCCGGUGAGAGAUUUUCAUUGACAAACGCCGUGGAUGCUGAUGUGGGGGCGAAUUCAAUCAAGACCUACUAUCUCAGCGAAAGCAAGUACUUUAACAUAGAUAUACAAACUGGAAGCGAUGGAUCCAAAUAUGUCGAUUUAGUGCUCAGUGGUAUUUUGGACCGAGAGGACCAUGCAGUUCAUAAUUUGAUUUUAACCGCUGUGGAUGGAGGGGUGCCUCCCCGCUCCGGCACAGCCAGCAUCGUUAUUAAUGUCCUGGAUAUCAAUGACAACGCCCCCCUCUUCAGUCAGCCCCUAUUUGCAGUCAAUGUUUCCGAGAACUCGGCUGCAGGUACAGUGGUCAUGACCUUAAAUGCAUCAGACUUGGAUGAAGGCUCCAACGCUCAGUUAAUAUACUCAUACACACUAUACACCUCAGAGAAGGCACAAGAGCUCUUCUCACUUGAUCCAAACUCAGGUGAAAUCAAGGUGAAGGGGGUGAUCGAUUAUGAAGAGAGUCAGAGUUUUGAGCUGCACGUACAGGCUCAGGACAGAGGGGCGAACCCACUGUCAGGACACUGUAAAGUGAUGGUGUUCAUCACAGACCUGAAUGAUAACUACCCUGAGGUGACCAUCAAGUCCCUGAAAAGUGCACUGGCUGAGGAUGUGGCUGUAGGGACACUGAUUGCAGUGGUUAGUGUCAGUGACAUGGACUCUGGAGACAAUGGGCAAGUGGAGCUCACCUUGAAUCAGCAAGAAUCUUUACCAUUCCUCUUAAACAAAUCCUCAGAGGGUUACUUUGAGCUAUUAGUUUCAAAGCCACUGGACAGGGAGGUAAUAAGUAAAUAUGACAUCACACUGAGAGUCACAGACAAAGGUUCGCCGCCCUUAUCUGAAAACGAGAUCAUCAAUUUAGAGAUUCUGGAUGUCAAUGACAAUGCACCCACAUUCUCCCAGUCUUUCUACACAAUCCAUGUUAUGGAGAAUAAUUUACCAGGGGCACUAUUGACAUCUCUGAGUGCAUUUGACCCAGAUCUAAAUGAGAACCAGUACCUGGUUUAUUUCAUAAUGGAGAAGGAGAUUGUUAACACAUCUAUGUCAAUGCUGUUCUCCAUCAACCCUGAGAAUGGUGAUCUUUAUGCCCUGAAGACAUUUGACUAUGAAAGAGAGAGGGAUUUCCUUUUCCACAUUGAGGCUAGAGACUCUGGUGUUCCCCCGCUGAGCAGCAAUGUGACAGUUCACAUCAUCAUUUUGGACCAAAAUGACAACACUCCUCUUAUAGUGUCACCUUGGCGGGCACAGGGCUCUGUUGUGGAAGAGGUGAUACCAAGGUCCACAGAUAAGGGCCACUUGGUGGCCAAAGUGAUUGCUAUUGAUGCCGAUUCUGAGCAGAACGCCAGGGUCACAUACCAGCUCCUGCAGAUCACUGAUGCAACCCUCUUCAGUCUAGAUCAGUAUAAUGGUGAAAUCCGAACAACAAGGAUGUUCAGUUACAGAGACCCAAGACAACAGCGGCUUGUUAUUGUUGCCAAAGACAACGGUGAACCUGCUCGUUCUGCUACCGUCACCAUCAAGAUAUCAACAGUGGAACAUGUCAUAUCCUUUUCAGAGACAACAGAACUGCCACUAGAAUAUGACGUCUUCACAGACCUAAACCUGUACUUAGUAAUCGGUUUAGGGGCUGUGUCAUUUCUACUACUGAUUACCAUCUUAGUUAUUAUUGUACUGAAGUGUCAAAAACCAAAGCCAAAGGCCAUCAAGAUCCCCCCAGCCAACAGGAACAGUUUGAUCAGCCAGAGAAGCUCCACCAUUGCAGAUUCCACCCUGAUCUCCAGUGAUGCCUACUGGUACAGUUUGUUCCUCGCAGAGACCAGGAAAGGCAAAGUGGUAGUGAGACAGCCCAUAAUUCCUAAAGGAGCUGGGUAUUUUGUGUCUAGUAUACCCAGGAGCAUAGAGCCAAGUGAACCCACAGACUCCAGAGCAUCCACACUGGAGUACUCAAAAUGAAAGGAAGUCCAUUCUACAACUGGAGCAGGAGUCCAGAAGAGAACUGCCAUGAUAUAAUCAUCUCUUCAUGGGAGUCUCUGGCUGAAAUUGUUCCCUGUGACUCACAAAGAAGAUGUAAAACAAGCUGUCCUCCCUCAGUUCCUCUCCUCCAACUAAUUCCUCCGGUCCCCCUGUACAAACAUCGACCACUUAAUGCCUCAUCUUUCUACCUUCUUUUUGCUUUUAGGCAUGACUCUGCAUGAUUCUGCAAAUGUUCAAAAUAUUUGAACACAGAAUUUAAAUCAUUUAUAGCAGAAUAUUUUGACAUUAUUAAAGUUGCCUCAUAUAGUAAAUCAUUCUCUUCUCAAUGCUAUGAAGCUACUCAAUAGACAAAUUUGCCUUCUCUCCAGGGUUUACACUGUGUGCUGUAGUUCUAGAAAUCAUAAGUACCUUACCAUAUACAUACAUUGCCAUCAUGCAGUAUCUUUUUAGCAAAAGUUCAAAACACAUAAUGACUGAAUCAGGGUCAGUUCUUCCAUAAAUCUGAUACAGAACUGUAGCUACUUACAUAUGUCAUCGAUUUAGGCUCUGCACUUGGUGGUUUUGUUUUAGAAUUUAUACUGUAUUAUGAGUCUUGCUCUGGGUAAGAUUCAAACGGUCAACUUUCAGAUGAAAAUAAUCUGUGAUUGACUUUUUGAUUUUUUUAAAAGUUUGUUGUAUUCUAAAGUGAUGAAUGUGUGAAAUUGCUAAAAAGGGUUAAAAAAAACAAAAAUGGCAACAAAAAACAAACAUACGAGACACACUGUUUCGCUUUUUCAUUUGAUUUAUAGAUACUGUAAUUCUAUAGAAAUGAUAACAAGGUUACAGAAGUAAAACUAUUCCUGACACCUUCACUAACAUCAGGUCAUGUUUAGUCAGAGGUACUCUGACAUCACUCACUGGGGUGGGGCCAAGGUGGGCACCCAGUAAAACAUUAAAAGAAGACAUUUUUGAAAACAAGGUCAAAUGUCAGUUCACCUUUCCAACUAUCAGUUGAUUCAGACUGAUGGUUCCCAGGCUUAUAAAACUGACAGUUCAAAUAUAAACUGGAUUGAGUCUUUACACAAAGAGCAAACUGUAAUAAUCAAUUAAAAAUACGAUGACAGUGCAAAUAAAAAAAAAGAAAAAAAAAUCUCUGUAUUUUGUAAUGAUAAAUACUUUUUAUUGAAGAGAGUAUGAACACUAAAACGUAUUUACCUUUGCCAUGGUGCAAGACAAUAUACGGUGCAAACAAGGUGUUGUUUUAUGAAUAUUCAUGUUUUUUAUUGAUAUUUUAUGUACUAACUUUUAAUGCUGCUUUUGUGAGAAUCUUCUAUGGCAUUUUGUGUUGCUUAUUUGUAGUUUAGUGCUUAUGGAGUUGUUUUGAUAGUGUACUUAAACUGAAACAAGAGUGCUUUUCUUGACCUCGAAGGUUGUGCUGUUGCACUACUGUGACACCCAGGACUUUAAUUUCUCAGAAACAAGGAGCUUAAUGUGAAUGCUCAUUAGGGUGCUAAAUUAUCCUAUGUAAUUGGGUGAGGUAAGGAAAUUGGAAUGGAAGAAGGAGAGCACAGUGGUAUUUAUACUACUAACCACUGGUGCAUUAAAAGUAUUAGGCAGAUGACACCAGUGAUGGCAGCACUCACUCAGUAAUGCAGAGAAGAUGGAAUAUUUCUGGAUGUAUCAAGCUACAUAUUCUGAGUCAGUGAAAUCUAACCUCUCGUUUCCUCUCUCACUGUUACACCAGCUGCUAAGAGAGACUGGCUGCCUGUCUCUUAGACUGAAGAUGUCACUUGAUGAGGGAUCUCUUGCUGUUGAGUACAUGUUGUAGCUGCAAUCAAUGCCUGAACAGGUUGGAUUCCCACAGUGUUUCAAGAAUGAAUAAACUGCACAUGUGAUGCUCCUUGUGUGCCUUCUGGAUUCACAAAAGAUAUAUGUGAUGUUGUUGAUGAAUGAAAAAAGAUGGCAUUACAUACAGUGUUACAAAGUACACUUAGCCUCAUGAUAAAAUACCACCAUGAAUUGUUUAGGCGUUGAUGAAACAGGGGCUUUCAGAAGAGAUGUUCUCUUUAGACCCAUUAGAUGCAUUUAACAUAAACUGAACUGCUUUAUACUUUGUGUUUUUUAUAGGUUUUUUUUAAUCUAUUUUCUGUACUCACUGUGAUUGAAUGGCACAGCAGGUGCUUGUGCUUGGUAUAGUAAAAGUGUAUUAUUUCUCAUCUGUCUACACGGCUCAGUUUUUCCUCUGCUAAUUUGCCAGUCAGAUUGUACAGUAUGCUUUGAGAUGUAAUCAGUUGUAAUCCAGUUCCAUUCCACUUAGUGGAUCAGAGAUAGUAUGGGAGAGAACAGCCUUGCUUUAUUUUCAAGUAUAGCUAAUUGUUGGAUUUUGAAGUUGCUUUUUGGCUUAAAUAUUCAGCUUGAUCCUGUUAGUUUGAAUAAAGCUUUU